AUGGGUCAACUCAAGGAACAGGAGAAACCUGCAGAGUCGAGGCUCUCGUACGUCAAGAUGGUCUCGAAGAGCAUCGUUUCUAGAUCCGGGGACUUCAGCAAGGUUUUGGAGUUUUUCGACAGGCACGCCAAGAACCUGAGUUUCGUGCAGUGCGUCGCCGUCAAGCUCAACGUGCCCGGCGGCGUCGUUCUCAUGCUCCUCGCCCUCCUGAUGCUCCUCUUUUUCGUGAGCAGGAUCGGCGGGUCCAUCAUCUGCGACUCUGUGGGCUUCCUGUAUCCUUCCUACAAGUCCUUCAAGGUUCUCAGGCAGAGUGACAGGCUAAAAGCUCAGGGAUCGAAGCUGCAGUCCUCCGACAAGGCCUCCGACGCCGACUCUGCCCAGGCCAAGGAGGAGCUUUGCAAGGACUUGGAGCUGAACAAGAUGCAGCUCAUUUACUGGACAAAGUACUGGGUCGUAUUUUCCCUCGGCUUCAUUUUCAACUACUUUGCAAACAUGUUCCUCUAUUGGAUCCCGUUUUUCUACUUUGGGAAACUUCUUUUCAUUGUUCUUCUCCUGCACCCAAAGCUUCAAGGUGCUGAACUUAUUUACAAUCUUCUCAUUGCUCCCAUUUUACACAAGUACGAGUCGAUCAUUGACAGCACUGUCGUCUCCAUUGAGAACACUGCUGAUCAGCUUACCAAGUACGGCGUCGAGAAGUUGUCUGGCAGGCUCAGGGACUAUGCUACAAAGCGGGCUCUCUCCGCUGAGUAA